AUGCAAAAUUAUGGCACACAGACCGCCAAUUUACAGAUUCAAAUUACUGGUGUCUUUGACCAGACUACCGUCACUGUUUCUGUGCCGUGCAACGUUUGUGUAAAGGAAUUUACGAAGACCGUUACCGUGUACAAAGGAAAGCUGCAGUCCGUUGUCCUCCCACCCUCUAUCGAAAUUAAAGGUAGCAAAAUAUUCCCCAACGUGGUGCGCAUCUCUGCAGACCAAGACAUCUCAGUGGUCUCUUUGAACUCCAAGCCUCUGAGUACUGAAAUUGCACAACUCUUUCCUAGGAGCCUUUCAGGAACUGAGCAUUAUGUGGUCACCCCAACAGGAGGUCCCACUGGCUCUUUCCCGGAGUUUGCGGUCUUAUCUUAUGAAGGGCCUAAUGUGGUGGACAUCUAUUUGACGGCCCAGGUGACCUUCAAUGGGAAAACGUACACUGCUGGAAGUAAACUCACCGUAACACUACAGGCUUUGCAAGGAAUCCAGCUGCAAGGAACAGGGGAUCUUUCCGGCACCAGAAUUGUCUCCCAGACCUCUGUGGUAGUCUUAGCAGGUCAUACCUGUUCAUGGAAAUACAACAAAUGUAACCAUGUAUUUGAGCAGCUCCAACCAGUGAAGGCAUGGGGGAAGAACUACAUAGUCCCACCAAUACCUUGGCAGGCGAAGAGUGACAUCGUCUUUAUUUCAGCCUCCCAAACCACAGCCAUACAAUACCAAAUGGGUGCCCAAAAGCAGGCAGUAAUCCUGAAUGGUGGGCAAGUCCUGCCAAUCAACAUGUUGUCUAAAACAGCGUUAUUCGUGCAAGCCGAUGUGCCCUUUCAAGUACUUUUCUACAGCACAGGCGCUGCUUACCAAAACCUUUUGUACGACACUUUUUUGAUAGGGAUUCCAGAUACCAGCAUGUACAGCCAGACGUAUAGUGUGAUUGGCCAGGCUAAUUUUCAGAACUUUGCCAUUUUGGUGGUGGAGACUCAGCAGAUCAAUGGGCUGCUAGUAGGAGGCCGGCCCCUACCUAUGUUGCAAUGGACUCCGAUUCCUGGCACAGUUUUCUCUUGGGCCUUGUAUCAGUUGCAGGUGGCACUUGUCCCCUACAGAGUGGAACAUCCAAAUUCACCAUUUGGCCUUCUCAUUUUCGGUGUGACCAGCCAGAACAGCUACGGGACUGUUGGCUCUAGUAUGCAAGGUCCUCUCACCUGCAGCCAUGUCCUGUGUCAAAAGGGCCUUGAAUGCAAGAUGAUCAAUGGUGCACCGCUCUGUGUGCCAACUUCGAACGGUACCUGCUGGAUCUGGGGCGACCCUCACUACAAUACAUUUGAUAAGCGCAAGUACGAUUUCCAAGGGACCUGCACCUACACAAUUGCCAAGACGUGCGGCAAUAACUUCGGACUCCCGUCUUUCCACAUCUAUGCUAAGAAUGGAAACAGAGGGAGUAAACGUGUCUCCUAUGUCGAGAUGGUGACCAUUGAGGUUUAUGGAUACAUGAUCACAAUCACCAGAUCAGAAAAUAGUUUUGUGAAGGUAAAUGGCAUUCGGGCACAUCUCCCCAUCUACCUAAAUGGUGGCUCUCUCCAGAUCUUCCAAAGUGGAGGUUCUGCUGUAGUGGUCACUGAAUUUCAUCUCCGGAUGUCUUAUGACUGGAACCAACAACUACGCGUCACCAUCAGCAGUACUUUUCAGGGAAGUCUCUGUGGCCUUUGCGGGAACUAUAAUGAUGAUCCUGGAGAUGACUUCCAAACUCCAGCAGGAAUGAAGGCCCCAGAUGCCAACGCCUUUGGCAAGAGUUGGAAGGUGGAUGUUGGCGACCAAGACACAUGUUGGGAUGAUUGCCAUGGGCCUUGCGUGCCUUGCCAAGCUGAUCAGGCCCAGAAAUACCAGUCUGAGCAAUAUUGUGGUUUAAUAAAGUCUCCCGGUGGUCCCUUCUCUCCUUGCCAUUCUAAAGUGGACCCUGACUUCUACCUUGAAGGUUGUGUUUAUGAUGUUUGUGCCAAUGAAGGACACAGACAAUCGGUAUGUGAUGCCCUGGAGUCUUACGCAGAUGCCUGCCAGAAACAUGGGGUCCAGAUUGGUGAAUGGAGAAAAUUGGCCGGAUGCUUACCGGAGUGUCCUCCCAACAGUCAGUACCAGCAAUGUGGAACAGCCUGCCCAGCCACCUGCCUAGAUGAACAAACUCAACAGCAGCUCCUCUGCCCAGCGGUGUGCGUAGAAGGUUGUCAAUGCCUACCAGGUUAUGUGCUGAGCCAGGGCAAAUGCAUCCCUAAGUCCAGUUGUGGAUGUCUGCAUGAAGGCUACCUCUAUGCACCCAAUGAGGUUUUCUGGGCCGACGAUAAGUGCACAACGAGAUGUGUGUGCAACCCAGCCACGAAUCGGGUUGAGUGCACCCAACAAACUUGCAAAUCCUCAGAAAAAUGCCUAGUUAUAAAAGGGGUGAGGGACUGCUACCCUAUUGACUUUGUUAGCUGCAAAAUUCAUGGUGAUCCCCACUACUUGACCUUCGACAAGUAUAAAUUUGAUUUCCAAGGACCCUGCGCCUACGUCCUCACUGAAGUGUGUGAAAAACCCAUGGAUCUGAACUGGUUUGGUGUUUAUGUCCAGAAUGAAUAUCGGGGAAACCGUGCUGUGUCCUGGACCCGGAGUGUACAAAUCAACGUCCACGGCAUUGAGAUCAUAAUCAGUAGACAAUAUCCUGGGAAAGUCUUGGUUGGCGGUAUAUUGACCUGCCUGCCUUAUAAUGCUGUUGGAAACAGAGUCAAGAUAUAUCGGAGAGGCCCCAGUGCUGUGGUCGAAACUAAUUUUGGCCUCACAGUCAGCUUUAAUUGGGACCACCAACUCACAGUCACCAUACCCGGCACAUAUAGAAAUACGCUCUGUGGCCUGUGUGGGAAUUUCAACAACAUACCUGCGGACGAUGCUCUUGUGCCCGGAGGGAUCCUUGUUCCCCAAAUCCCCGUGUUUGGUGCUAAAGGCACCAAGGCAGUUGACCCAAGCUGCAAACAGGUCAUAGAUCCCGCCUGCCCUGGAGUGGACAUCUUAGCAAAACAGCAGCGGGCUUCAGGACGGGAAUGUGGUCUCAUCGUAGCCGUCAACGGGCCUUUCAGAGAAUGCCACGGCCAGGUGGAUCAAGAAGCCGCCUUCCAGGACUGCAUCUAUGACUCCUGUUUCCUCAAGGGACGCUACGCCUUCGUUUGCGCAGCCAUCGCCAAUUAUGCCUUGGCCUGCCAAGCUGCUGGCAUCACCAUAUACCCCUGGAGAACUCCAACCUUUUGCCCUCCACGUUGUUCUGCCAACAGUCACUAUGAACUUUGUGCUAAACAAUGCGACCAGGCUUGUAGCAGCCUCUAUUUCCCAGCUCCUUGCCCCGCCAAGUGUCAAGAGGAUUGUGUCUGCAAUGACAACUUUGUUCGGAGUAACGACGUGUGUGUACCGAUGGCGAAGUGUGGCUGCCUCCAUCAAGGGCGCUACUAUCCAGUCUCCGAAGUGUUCUAUCCAACUUGCCAAGAACGUUGUGUCUGCCAGGCUGGUGGCAACGUGGUGUGUGAAGUGACCCCUUGUGGUCCCAAUGAAGUAUGCCAGCUACAAGAUGGACACCAGAAAUGCUAUCCCACUGGAAGUGCCACCUGUUCUCUUGUUGGAGAUCUCUACCUCACUUUUGAUGGGCUGCCCUUUGACUUCCAAGGCACCUGCUCUUACAUCCUAAGCAAGUCGGUGUUCACCACAAAGGUUGCGAACCUGCCACCUUUUACUGUAGUGAUACAGAAUCAGGUCUCAGGGAACGGAAACAUCGCAGUGCCCAAGGUGGUCACGGUGGAGACGUUGAACUUUGCACUUUCUCUGUUGCAAGACAAGUGGGGAUAUGCGCAGGUAAAUGGCGUACUCCGUCGCCUCCCCGUAAACCUUUUGGAUGGCAAGCUUCGAAUCUAUCAGCAUGGCUUUUAUCAGGUGAUCGAGGCUUUCUUUGGUGUUACGGUGAUCUUUGACCUCUCCUACAACGUGAGAAUCACUGUUCCCAACAACUACAAGGAUCAGCUGGGUGGCUUAUGUGGCAACUACAACGGACAGCCGCAAGACGAUCUUCAGCUACCAGAUGGCACAGUGGUCUCCGAUGUGGCUGUGUUCACUGCUGCCUGGAAAAUCCAGACCCCUGGCAUCUCCUGCACAGAUGGGUGCUUUGGGGAGAAUUGCCCGAUUUGCACGGAGGCGAAGGAAGAGUUUUUUAAGCAACGCUCAUUCUGUGGGAUCCUUACAGCCACCGAUGGGCCUUUCAGCUCGUGCCAUGGGGUUGUAGAUCCCACGGCCUAUCUAAACCAUUGCGUCCUCGAUUUGUGCAUUGGCGGUGGGGACAGACAAAUCUUAUGUCAUAGCAUCCAGAGCUAUGUGGCAGCCUGCCAAGGAGCCAAGGUCACCAUCCAGCCUUGGAGGAGCCCAGAAUUCUGUCCAAUAACCUGUCCAGCCAAUAGCCAUUACACCACCUGUUCUAAUAUCUGUGAAGUCACCUGUGCUGGGCUUACGGAUCACCUUCCGUGUCCGGAGACCUGUGUUGAAGGUUGUCAGUGUGAUGAUGGCUUCUUCUCAGACGGCCUCAAAUGCAUCCCCUUGGAUGAGUGUGGCUGCUUUGAAAACAACGUAUACUAUCCGCCUAAUGUGCCCACCUUGCAAAAUAAUUGCAAGGAGAAAUGUGUCUGCACUCCAGAAGGAUUCUUCUGUGAAGACCACGCUUGUGCCGCCAGUGAAGACUGUGUGACAAAAGAUGGAGUUAUGCAGUGCCAGAACAUAGAUCCUUGCAAAGUUAAGCUUUGCCGUCCCAAGGAGACAUGUCAGGUUAAGGAUGGACAGGCUGUUUGCGUCCCGGAUUAUACAGGGCACUGUUGGUGCUGGGGGGACCCCCAUUGUCAUACCUUUGAUGGCUACAGCUAUGAUUUCCAAGGCACUUGUUCCUAUGUGCUCGUUCAGUCGACGGGCGUUGAUCAAAGCCUUGUACCCUUCUCCGUGGUGGUAAAGAACGAAAACCGAGGGGACAACAAAGCGGUCUCCUAUGUCAAACUUGUUACCUUACGUGUGUAUGAGCAAGUCAUCAGCAUCCAUAAACAAGAAAAUGGCAGAGUCCGGGUUAAUGGUGUGACCUUCAACCUUCCCAUAACUCUUCUGGGAGGUAAAAUCCGGAUCUUCUCCAGUGGCAACUUUGCCAACCUGCAGAGCGACUUUGGUCUACUGUUGACCUAUGACUGGAACUGGAAAGUAGACGCCCACCUGUCUAGCAGCUAUUAUGGAAACACCGGGGGACUUUGCGGUAACUUCAAUCAGCUGCCAGGGGAUGAGUUGAGAAGCCCAGAGGAUUUCCUGAUGCCCAGUGUGGUCACCUGGGCUACUUCCUGGAAAGUGGAAGAUGGGGAUCCCCUUUGUUUCCAUGAGUGCAGCGGAAAAUGCCCUACCUGUGAUCAACAACAGCUGGCCAAAUACAAAACCGACGGGUAUUGUGGGAUAGUCUCUGUCUCAAAUGGACCCUUCCAGGAUUGCCAUGCUGUUCUGGAUCCCAGCAUUAUCCUAGACAACUGUGCUUUGGAUGUUUGUAUGAACGGAGGAGACCAUGGCAUCCUGUGCCAAGCUGUGAACUCUUAUGCUGAAGCUUGCCGUACGAAAGGAGUCCGAGUUGGUGACUGGAGAACCCCCAUCAAUUGCCCUCUCCCUUGUCCUGAAAAUAGCCACUAUGUGCAGUGUGGAAGUAGGUGUCCAGCCACAUGUUCCUCCCGCAACACGCCUUGCACAUUGGAAUGUGUGGAAACCUGCCAGUGUAACGACGGCUACAUCCUUAGCGUCGACAAAUGUGUGCCCAUUGAAAGCUGUGGUUGCACGCACAAAGGCGUCUACUAUAAACCCGAAGAGGAAUUCUGGAACAAGGACUGCACAUUGCGCUGCAAAUGUGAUUCCAGGUUUGGGGCCGUGGUGUGUUCCCUAGCUGCUUGUCAAACUGGGGAGCAGUGCAAACAAGUCAACGGAGUCCAAGGGUGCUACUCUAGUGCCUCCACCUGUAUCUCUGCAGGAAACUACCAGUACACCACCUUUGAUGGUUAUGGCUAUAGGUUUGAGGGCCGCUGCAUUUACCAACUGUCUAAAGUCUGCCUUCCCAGGCCUGAUCUCAUACCAUUUGACCUCUCGGCUCAGAACAACGUAGCUCCUGAAGGCCGUGCAGUUAUAUUAAAAGUGUACGGAAAGAGCAUUGUUGUCCGUACCGACCAGGUGCAGGUGGAUGGCGAGCCAGUAAAUCUGCCAUUCAACUAUGAGGAGAAAAUUAAGGUUCAUUCUGACGGGCACCAAUUUGUCAUUGACACACAGUUUGGCCUGGUGGUCAAACUCUUCAAGGAAAAUCUCAACAUUGAAACAACCGUGCCCUCAAGCUUUGCAGGACAUCUGUGUGGACUGUGUGGAAACGCCAAUGGAAACUUGGCUGAUGAGACGAUGCAAGAAUAUGGGGAAAACUGGUUUGUAGGAUGCUCUCCGAGCUGUUCCCCGAAGUGCCCUCCCUGCUCAUCCACUGAACUAGAAAGCUAUCAACAAGAUUCAUUCUCUCAAUACUGCCCAGCGAACUCUCAGUACGAACUCUGUGGGACCCGCUGUGCUGCUACCUGUGAAAACCCACAGCUUCCGCUUACGUGCAAGGCGCCUUGCGGCGAAGGUUGCAUCUGUAGACCGGGCUUCAUCUUGAAUGGGAACCUGUGCGUACCACUCCAGGAAUGCGUCUGUGAGUUCGAGGGCAUAUACUACAAGAAAGGAGAGGAAUUCUUCUCCAACGUUUUCUGCCGGAAACAGUGCCGAUGCAUGGAAGAUGGAACCGUUCAGUGUCACGACUUCUGCUCCGACGAGGACGCCUGCAAAGUGGUGAAUGACGUCUCAGUUUGUUUCCCCAGGGAACCAGGCACCUGCUAUGUGCUGGAUGGUUGGAAUUAUGUCACCUUUGAUGGCGUGCAAUAUUCGCUGCCGGUUCUUUGCUCCUACAUCCUCGCCCAAAGUGACGAGAGGCACAAGUUCUCCGUUGUCCUCUCAGCUGGAUUCACUGGCAUUGAAGAAGUCAAGAUCCAGGUUUCUGAAUACAGUGUCGUUUUUCAAAGAGGCAAGGCCGGGGAAAUUUUGGUCAAUGGAGAACGUCUUCCCUUGCCAGCUGACUUUGGAGACGUCUCGGUGAGACAAGAGGGGAAAGUUGUGCUACUUCGUAACAAUUUUGGCCUGCGGGUUUUUUAUGACCACAGCGAUUGGGUGGCAGUAUCUGUAUCUGGUUCCUACCAGGGCCUCUUGAAGGGGCUUUGUGGCAACUUCAACAAGGACGAGAAUGACGAAUUCUUCUUGCCUGGAGGGAAGCCAGCCCAAGAUUUGACCGAAUUUGGAAACUUUUGGAAAAUUGCAGGUGGCAGAUGCUUGGAAACCUGCAAGGAGAAAUGCUCUGAGUGUGACAACACUAUGGAAGCAAAAUUCCAAAGCAAAGAGUUUUGUGGGUUGAUCCCAGCUGUCCCAGGUCCAUUCAGUAGAUGUCACGCCAUCGUUAACCCAGAUCACUACUUCAAGUACUGCGUGGCCAGGCUGUGUUCCAGUUAUGGAGCGACAGAAUCGCUCUGCCAAAGCCUUCAGGCCUAUGCUACGGCUUGUCAACUGGCUGGUGCCACCAUUGAUGCAUGGAGACCAUUCACCCCUUGUGAAAAGGAGGCUUCAAACCUCUUCUAG